AUGCCAAUAGACAAUUGGUUUAUUUUAGCUUUAAUAAUGAUCUUUUCUUCAUUUCUAUUAUGUGGACUUCUUCCAAUGGUAAUUCGUUUAAUAAUUGCUCGUCGACGUUAUCGUCGUUAUCGUAUUGAACUUCAACAAAUUGCAUGUUCAACUCCUGAUGCAGUCAUAAAUUUACAGUUAAUUUAUCAUAGUAUACAAAUGAACACCGAUGACAAUCUAAAUUUUCAUGAACAUUCUGUUUUAUAUUCUCAAAUACCGUUUAUUGAUGAUCUAUCGAAAGACGAUACAUCUGUUUAA